AUUAUGCCCAGUCUGACAGCUAUGGGCAUUAAUGUUCUUUUUUAUGCUCUUUCUACUCGGCAUUGAUAGUGUGUUUGUACAAUUGGAGGCUGUUACCAGCUCAUUGCUAGACGAGAUCAUAGCUUUGCGAAAAUACAAAAUGAUAAUGACUCUACUCUCGUGUAUACUCUUCUUUGGUAUGUCUUCUGUAAUGUGUACGAAUGGUGGCAUGUAUAUAUUACAGCUCUUGGACUGGUACUCCUCGGCCUUGGCGGUUAUAGUCAUUUGUAUGGUUGAAACUGUGAUGGUUUCGUAUAUUUACGGCAUAAACAAUUUUAUGGAUGAUAUAGAGUUUAUGUUAGGCAAGCGUCCGUCCUGGUAUUGGAAAAUUUCCUGGAUGUACAUAACACCCAUUGUGCUAAUUUUUAUUCUAUUAACUAGCAUUAUUUUUAUUCGCACUAUUACGUAUGGCGAUACAUCGUAUCCCGUAUGGGCUGUAGUUAUUGGUUGGUUAAGCUUUGCCUCUUCAGUUAUCUGGAUACCGCUCUACAUCGUAUAUAUUAUGAUGCGUAAGCGCGGCAACGUUAAAGAGAGUUUGAAGAAGCGUUUGAGGCCCUUGGACUGGACACCCGCAGAUCCAGAAGUUCGUGAAGAGUAUGAAGCCUUCAGACGGCAGCGUAACAUGCCCGGUUUCAUGUCAGAUACUUCAGCUGAGCUUGAUAAAGGGAAAUAAAGAGAUUAGCAUAUACUAGAAGAUUUUAUA